GACUUUAGUUGUUAUGAUGAUAGUAUGGAACAAACAUGAAUUCUGGAGGAAGUCCCAUUAAAGUUGAUAGCGAAGAUCUUAAAUCCAUCGAUGCGUAUGAAGAGUACAGACGAAUUGUGGGCGAAGAUGAUGGUGGAAAACUUUUCACACCCAAGCAAUAUGAAGCUUACAAGAAAAAAUACUUACCAAUGAGACGGCAAAAUAGAAUUUUUGUGUCGUGGAUGAAUCCAAAUGGAGUAGAUUGCAUACUUGCUGGCCCACAAAGUGAAUGCUUUUGCCAGCACCGCCUUAUACAACAUAAGACAGAUUUUGAGAUAGUACCUACACAACGUCCCAUACAGUUACCAUGUAAACAUUGUAAAUGUUUAAGUUUUCAUGUGAUGCCAAAAUUUGGAAGUCAAGUUGCACGAUGCCAUUGUAAACAUUAUGCAACCGAUCACAGUGUGGCAACACCUUAUUUUUGUUCAAAGUCCAAUUGUAAUUGUAAUGGUUUCAGAACAAGUAUGCGAUGUGACUGUGGUAUCGAGUUUCAUAAACAUGAAAUGAUUAUGGAAACUGCCGAAGAACGUCAUAGUAGAGGUAAACCCAUAGGUCAAACUUCACCAUAUCAAGCUAUGGGCGGACUAACUGGAUUUAGUUCACUUGCACCUGGUAUAAUACAUAUGGAUACAAGUGGUGCAGACAAAUUAUUAUCAGAGGAAGAAAUGAAUAAAUCAAUUACAUCUGUAGAUAAUCCAUUUCUCCGUAGUCAUACACAAGUAGUAUUUAAUUACAAGUUGGCAGUUAACGAUAUGAAAGGCGCUGAACUUGAGCGUCAUGAAGUUGAGUCACAGAUGCGUCGUCCAGGAGAAUCAGAAUUAGACUAUUAUGAACGUCGUUAUCAAGAAAGAGAAAAAGCUAAAUACAUCAGAAAACCUGAACAAAUACAUAAAUUUUAAUUGGAAUGUUCUAAUAUCGAUAUAGAUUACUGUACUGUGCUUUACUUUAUAAAUAGAAUGAACGGUGUAUGUAAGUCGUCAUCAUCAUUAUACUACUACUCACUUAUUCAAAUGUUAAACUAAUUCAUCACACAGAUUACUUAAAUAGUCAUACUUUUUUAAAGAAAAUAUAAAACGGAAGUUUAAAUGCAUUACAAAUGCAAGAAUAAAACUACACCAACGACAACUACAGUAAUUGGGGCAGGAGAAUAUACAUUCAUCUUAUUUUGUACUUUCUAUUCAGCUAUUUACAAGCCUGUUGGAAUCACACAAUCAUCAAUCAUUUACAUGUUUUCGAUAUUUAUCUUUAAAUGAAUUCAAAUAUGCUUAUUCAUAUACACAUAUAUAAGCAGAGAUUGUUAGCGGUCAGCAGUGAAAUCCUAGAGACGCACAUUUUUUUUCCUAUUUAUGACUUGUCCGAUGAAUGUACUUAUGUAGCUAAAUGGAUAAUGCAGCGGCGUUCGAAGCAAACGGUACUAAGUCCCUUGAGUAAAUAUCAAUUCUGGGAUGCAGAUGCAUCCAAAUGAUGAAACCAAAAUAGGACGGAAAGGGCGUCCCUAGGAUUUCACUGUUAUUCCCCAUUCAUCUCUUUAUAUAUAGACAUAAUAUUGGUAAUCUUUGUCGUUACACUAUUUCAAUCAUCAAUAUCUACUAUGUCAUACAAAAACGAUUGUAUCCAGUUGAUAAGAAACUGUAAAAUAAAAUAAAUUGAUUUUAUUCU